AUGCCGCCAGACAGUGAUACUAUUGUAGUAAAUACUCAAGAAAACAGACAGGAGAGCCUAGGCCCAGAGGCUCAAAUCGAUAGAGAAAUGGAGAUAGAGUCUACUCCAGCUACACCUACUCAAAACCAACAAACACCUAGCGUGUUUGAAAUACCAAUACUACCACCAAAUAAACGAUAUGCCAACUUCUCACCAGAGAAUACUUACAGAGGCAGAAACCCAUACCAAAACAUCUCCAGCCCAAAACCAAUAGCCAAGAACUCUGAGCAGGCAAUCUAUUGGGCUAGAGACCUUAUUCUCCAAGCCUCUACAAUGGAAGAGUCCCAUGUAGCUCAAAACAAGCUACUAGAGCUACUAGACGUCUUUAGAGACUAUACUGAAACAGGCAGAGUAGCCAACCAAUUCACAGAAAAGCUAUCUGCUAAGCUAGCGUACCACUCAGCCACGCUCGCAAACGCCUCGCAGCAAGCAGCAAAGACGCUUAAACAAGCUACAACUGCAGCUUCAAACAAGGCACAACCAGCAGCCCAACUAACUCAAAAACCAACCCAAACUACCUACGCUGCAAUAGCAGCAAAUAACUCAAACCAGGCCUGGAUAACAGUCCAGCCAAGAAAGAAGCCAGCGCAAUCAGCCAAGAAACCAGCAUCCUACUACCAGACGCUAGUUACGCUAGAAGAGGGCCAAACAAUUAGCCCUCUACUAGUUAGAAAUAAGAUUAACCAAGCCUUCCAGAAGGCAGGCAUUACCGGGCCAGUCAUCCAGCAAGUAGCUACCAGUAGAAGAAACAACCUUAUCCUCACAACUACUGAAGGAUACUCAGGAGAGUUUCUCCUAAAGCAAGUCAACACCUGGCAAAACCAGCUACCAAUUAAGAAAGCCCAGCCACUAGAGUCUUGGACUAAACUUGUGGUACAUGGAGUGCCAACAACAUUCGAUGGAGCUGAAAGCCUUCAGCUACUCCACACAGAGAUCCCAACAUAUAAUAAGAACCAAACUAUCGUUGGGAACCCCUACUGGCUAUCUAGAAGCUGGAAAGAUAAGCAAACAAGCUCUGUUGUUAUUGCUUUUAAAUCUGAAGAAGAAGCGAAGAAGAUUGCAAGUGCCAAGGAUUUGGACACAGCUUUAGCAGAUGCAAAAACAUAG